AUUUAAUUUUUCUUCUUUUUUAGAGGGAGAAUGCGUGAGAGAGUGUGUAUGCAAAUUUCAGUCUGAAGAGUACUUCAUUUUUGGAAGAGUGUUAGUAAACAGGGAGAGAAUGCAUGAGAGAGUGAUUUGAGUAUGCAAAUUUCAGUCUGAAGAGUACUUCAUCUUUGGAAGAGUGUUAGUAGAGUAAACAAUUGAAACCUUAACGCAUUGAUUGCUUUAGUGGAAUUUAAUUUUAAGAAAAUGAUUAUAGAACAAGAAGAAGAAGAAUACUAUUUCUGAUAAGUUACAAUACUAAAUUUUACCCAAUAUAUAACAAGACUACAUACAAAUAUUUUAAGUACAUAUUAAUCUUUCUAAAAUAAUGAAAGUUUCUGCGAAUGCAGCAAUGUAAACUACUGCAUUCUAAUACUUUUGCUAUGACCUUGCCACGUGCUAAGAAUUCCACUCUGGCAGUCAAAGCGUUAGUUUCCAAUAUUGUAUACUUCAACUAUAAGUCUCCAAUACACUCUCCAUAAUCUUCUAAUAUACUCUUCAAUAUACUCCUAUAAUUAUUAAAAUCUAUUCGUCGAUGGAUCAAACCCACAGCGCCAUCUGUUUCCAACAUAUCAAAAAAUUUAGCAAGUAUUUGAAAAGAAAGAGAAUUGUAGAAGGAACACCAUGCAAAGGAAUGCUAUUUGGAACGGUGAAAGUGAAACCGAGCACGAAGCAGAAUUCAAAACCCGCGGGACGCUGAUUCAUAUUUAUACUCUUUAGUUCAUUUUUUUAAUACUUUUAACACGCUAUGACGCACACGUGCCCGAUAUAGCGCAAUUUCCUUUGUGGCAAGGAAAAUCGACAGGAUUUGACCUCAUUUGUCUGUCUUUCGUCAAUGCCAGGGAAAAGAAAACGGAAAAAGUUAUUGCGGUGAACGAAGGACUCCGUUUCAGUUCGCAGGAAACGGAGAAAUCAAAAUGAUAUGUAAUAAAUGAUCCUUGAUAGAUUUCUUUACGCAAUCAUUGAUGAUCGUGAAUCGGUAACAAUUUACUUUCACGUAAUGGCGUCUGCUAUUUCUUCAACUUCAUUUCAGAUAUGUUUCUGUUGCAUUACAUUGAAUAUUAUGGAAUAGUAAUAGAGUCACUGUUGACGUUAUAAAACUUGAGAAGUUUAGAUAAAAAAAUUCAGAUAUUAUUUUUGAAAAUAUGGACUCAUUAGUGAAAUGCUAAAUUUGGAAUAUGUUAAGAAGAAAAUAUAAUUAGUUGUAUAAUAAGGAAGAAUUCACAAGUGCAUUUGUAACGUUUCACAAGUAUUUAAAUAAGUCCUGAAUGUCCAGUCUGAUGUAAAUAAACAUUAAUGGAAGGAUUCGGCAGUAGGUCAUGGCUUUUAUGGUGCCAAAGAACUCGAAUGACCUAUCAAACCUGUUUCUUCGCGGCACGAGGAUUCUUCAUUCACCAGGAAGAUGAUUCGACUUACCUGAAUGUCCUAGACCUUGCGCGAGGGUGAAAGUCGAGGUCGAGAUCUACUCUCAGAUUUGGAUAUCGCUUCACGAACGAUUCAGCUAUAUUUAUCCUAAUUAUCCUCUUGAAAUAUGCUUCUUAUAGUUCACUAAAUUGCCUAAUUUAUUUACAAAGUGCUACAGUGAUAAAUUACUAAACUUAUAUAUCUAACUUACUCUCACAAAUGUGAUAAAUGGGUGCAUUAAAAUAAUUAUAGAUUUAGAGAUCUAGAUAUCAAGAUGUUUAGAUAUUUAGGUAUGUUAGAAUUUAGGUAUCAAAGUAAACCAUGCAGGGAUAAAUUCAAGCAUGUAUGAAUUUGAGAACCUACAAAUUUAGCUAUGAAUUUGAGAACCUAACCAUUCACUUCUACAGUAUAAAUAUAACUACAAAGCUAUUCAAAUCUACUUGUGCAAUCAAAAAUUUUUAUUUGCUUAAAAAUAUUUCAUAGUCUGCUUAUCCGCUACAUAAACCUCAAACAAGGCAAAAAACAGAAAAAGAUCUCUGAUAUAAGAAUAACUGGUAUUUUCACAAAAUUACGUAAUUUCUCUUUCACUGAAUAUUUCAUAUUCCGUUCAAUUUACCAGGGCACAUGCAUAUUUCAUUUUUCUCGUUUUUUUUUCCCCUCGUAGCGACGACGUUUCGAGCCAGGACUAGUUCGAGCAUCGAAAGGAACUUUCACGACAGGAAGAAAUAUUUUGCGUCGCAUUUCGGAGAACCUGAAUGGUUAAUUUUUAUUUCCGGCCGUUGUGGCCCUGUUAGCCAGAAAUUUUCAUACAAUCACACCGAUGGAAAGUUACGGGAGCAGGCUCGCGUUGACCGCAGCCGGUCGAUCCAGUUUUCAUGAUUCCACGGAUCCGGAUCCAGCAGGACGUGUCGCGACAAAUCGGGCACCAUUCCUUUCCGUCGAUGCCACCUGACCUCAUAAUCGUGAUUUUCUAAUUUGUUCGCUCUCCCGCGAGCAAUCCGUCCUGCCUGAUCGCAUUCUUUCCUUGGAUCUCUUUAAUUAAUUACUUCGAGUCACGGUAUUCGUUGAAACACGUAGCAGUGUUUCUACUUUAAUCAAAAAUUUCAAUCUAGCAAUAUUGUUGAUGAGUGUUCAAGAUAAUCAUAUCUUUACUAUGAUGGAUGUCAAACACAGUAAUUGUCUGUGUGUAGCAAUUGUUAUUGUUAUUAGGUAUAUUCUUUGAGACUGUGAGCAAUUAUAUUUUAUAGAGUAAUUGCCAUUGAUGUAGCAAUAAUACUCUACAAGUAAUACUCAUGUAAGAAUAAAGACAUGUAUUGCUACAGCAGCUGCUACUAUCAGCAAUUGCAAUAGGUUAUAGCAGAGUAGUUGCCAUUGGUGUAGCUACAUUACUAUUUGUACAAAUAAUACUUAUAUAAGAAUGAGGACAUGUAGUGGUAUAACAGCUGCUACUAUCAGCAAUUGCAAUAUGUUAUAGCAGAGUAGUUGUACAAAUAAUACUCAUGUAAGAAUGAGGACAUGCACUGCUAUAGCAGAUAUUCUCAGCAAUUGUAGUUACAAUCUUCAGUAAUAUUUUGUAUGACCAUAAGCAGUUUUCAUAUUGCUAAUUGAAUGUGUGAAUAGAUAGUAGGUGAACAUCUAUCAGAUAUUGUAAGGAUAUUAUUAAUGUAUACAAGCAAUUAUCAUAUUGCUGAUUAUAGUAGUAUCUGUAAGUGUAUGAUUAUCAACUCUCUGUAACAUGCUUGAAGUAUUAUAAUGUACUGUCCAUAUUCUUAUUUUCUCUAAAUUUGCACUUUAAUAUCCUCAGCAUUAGACUAACAGUAUUUUAAUUUCCAGAUAGCUGCACUUUCUAAGACACCUAAUUAUCUCAUUAGAGGUGAAAUUAUUCAAGUCGACUGCAACUAUACAUCAUUCUUGCAUCUAUAAGAAGAUCCUUGAAGUUGCAAAAUCAUAGCAAUCACUUUGCAAAGAUUAAGAAACGAAGCCUUUCUCUGAAACCAGGAAUAACUGAAGAUAGUCUCUCGAUCACAGCAUAAGAUUUCACUUUCCGUCUAUGCGGUAAAUCGACCUGUCUUCAUUUGCAAUCGAAGACCUAUCAUUAGCAACGUUGAUUGUGUUGUUUUUCCAAUUUCCGUUCGGAUUUACGUGUGUUGAGAUAAAAAGAGACCCCGCAGAGCAUAGUGGGUAGGGUCCAGCCGUAACACGAACGUGAAAGUAAGAUUCCACUGCACGAGCCUGUAUUUACCUUUGCGAGCUCUUCGUACGUACACACUGGAGAACCCGUUUCGGGAUUUUACACGUUCCAGCGGGCAAACAGGCGUGGACCGUCCCACGGAACCGAUUAGAAAACUUUCUCCAUUGGCCGUGACCUCGAUACCAGCCACGUUUCGGCGAUGACGUGCUGCAAAGGCUCGAUAAGGAAUCCAAUUCCACCGAGGUUCUUCCCAAGUUACGCCAAUGUGGAGAACGCGAAGAUGUGCUAUAGGAAACGUGGAAGAAAGUUUGCAGUGGCUUUUAUUCGGAUUCGUUUGAAUGAAGUUUAAUUCUGAAAUUCCUGAGGAAUCGAAAUAAACAUUAUUGUAGAUCUGAUCAUUGUAGAUCAACACGUUUACGAAUCCAACGCGGUACAAUCAAGCAUCAUUCAAUACGAUGGAACGUGAGCGACGUACGAACGUGGGUUCACGAGUAUUAGGCUGUUUGGAGAGGAUUGAAUAAUGUUUUGAAUGCAGUGUAAUCGCCUCGUGACAGGAAUCUUAACGCAGAACUUGUGUUGAAGAAACUUUAUUUCGGAUGGGACACUUGAGAUACAAUUUAGUUAAAUUAUUCUGAGAUCAUCUGACAUCAAAUACUCUGUAUACUCUGGCCUCAAACGCUGUGAAUCUUGUUCUCAAGAUUCUGGAUCGUCCGUCAAACACUCUGGAUAUUCUAACCUCAAACAUUGUGGAUUCUUUGAAUUGCAACAUUCUGGAUCAUCGGACAUCAAACGGUCUAAAUAUACCGACGUUCCACACCUUCUAAACACUCUUGAUCUCCUACUAUCUCCUUUAACAUUCUGGAUCUUCGCUUUGAAUACACGUGAUUUGCGAAUUUUAUUUAAGACAAGUCUUUAUGUGUCUGUACUUGAAAUGUCUGAAACACAAUGACCGAAAUGGCACAAAUACUCGAGCACCUGAUCAAUCGGUCACGUAACGUUUGUGAUGCAAGCCGAAUUAAAAUUCCAAGUGGGAGGUUUCAUGUAACGAAAGCGAUCCACUUUUCAUACAAAUUUCCAGCGAAUGGCUAGCCAGUGAACUUUUACUGAAAAAGGGCGUAGUGACUAGAUCGAUUGCAUACGGUUGCGGAGAGCCGAGAUAUAGCAUUGUUAUACAGUUGACCUUUAUCGCGUGGCCCUCCCCUUGUUCUUUUUCCCGAGCCGAGUUUCCCACGGGACCUUAGAUCUUGCUCUCUGAACUGUCUUCCAUGUGUGCGAGCAAUUUUCAUUUAAUCUAUAUGCAUACCCCGUGUGUCAAUAAAAUGUUACACGGUUUUAUGGCUUUUGCGGUGAACGCGAUCACGCUAAGGAUCUCUCGUAGAUAAUUAAAUGUAAGCAACAUUAUGAAUAUGUUACACUCUUUACGGGAUCCAGAUGAAGAUUCUGCUUACUUUCCAUCACGCGUCGGGGCGUUCUUGCAUGUGCGAAAUCAGCGCUGUAAUUGUAUAAGAAACAUUGGAUGAAAGUUUAUGUUCCAAGACUUUUGUAUGUCGAAUUGGAGAAAAAUAUCAUGAAAGUGGAUCGUUGUUUUUACUACGCGGAACAGAUUUAAUUCGUUCUGAUACUCUACUUUAGGUAGAGUCACAAAACAGCUGAACACCUGUGUCUGGGACCGCUUAAGUAAAUGAUCUGAGUAUCUGUGUAUUCAAGUAUCUAAUUGCUGAAUUACUUGAUUAACUAAACACCUGAAUAUAUGAAUACAUACUCAAUAUGUAUAGCUCUAAGUACCUGAAGUACUGCAGCAAGAGUGUGAGUUUAUGAAAUCAUUAUGCAAAAUGUUAGAGUAGAACCUAAAACAUAAGAGUAUAUUAAAAGUUCUGAGUACCUGAAGUACUUAAGCAAGAAUAUGAUGCUUUUUGUGGGAUUUUAAUGAGCUGAAGCGGUCAAAUAGCUUGCCAUCUGCUCGUUAAACCGCUUAUUGGUCAUACUCGAAGGAUUACGGCGCUGCAAAGGAUGCUCAUCGAGCUCGAGGAAGAUUUACCCUGACCCACUUCCGGUCAAGUUCAUUGCUCAUCCAUGGCACGCUGGCCUUACCUUGCACGACUGCCAUUCUUCGCCUCUUCCUGAUUCUUUCUCUUGCUCUCUAUUCACCAACCGGCUCAUCUUGCGAAUCUUGACGCCUCCGCUUUGACUAAACAGUAGAGCGAGAAUAGCAUUGAUCAUCGUCCCUCGGUAAAUUAUGCUCGGAGAGUGAAUAUCUCGAAUUGCGAAAUGUAUCGCGGUGUGAAGACAGCCUCGGAUAGUAAUUGAGAAGUAUCAGAUUUAGAAAGUAUGUAUCUUUCACCGUGACUCAUCGUGCUCGUUCAGCUACAUUCUUUAAGAACAAAUUUAUCAAUUGUUAAAUAUCAAUUUGAUUCUUUUAUGUGAAUUGUAAACUUAGGAAUCAAUCAAAAAUAUUUGUAGAGAGGUUAAUGUUUGUAUGGUAAUUAAUCUUCAGAUAAUGAAGUGAUGUUUGAUGCUGUGUUAAUAAUUAUUAUUAAUAUUUAGAGCAAAGUAAUUACAAUAUAGCAACGUUGUACAUAUUGAUAUCUAGAGCAAGACAAUUAGACAAUUAGACUGUUAAUAUCUAAAUACUCUGUUAUUGAUAUCCAGCCCAAUUAGAGUAAUCUUCAAAUGCACGGUAGCAUGUUAAUAAUUAUUGUUAAUACUGCAAUGAGAAAUUCUUAAUGAAUGAAACAUAAUUGAUACCCAAACCGAGCAUAAAUUCACCGAAAAAGGACACCAUGAUUUCAAAUGCAAAUACAAGUAUUUAUGAUGCAUAAACGGUAAAGUUCCUUUUCAUACUAAUCAGAUAUUCAUUAAGCUCAUUCAUGUUGCGAUCACAUAAAUUACCCUUAAUUGCAGCGCAUUUGUUUUCAAUUAUCCAGGAGUCCGUAUUUUAAUAAACGAGGAUCGAAUCGUGCCACGUGUCCAGAAUCGAAGGCAAUUUUAACGAACAGUCUACUUGCGGAAGCGUUUAUUACCUGCGUCACGAACACCUGUUAAAAACUCAUCGCGGAAGUUCCGACGGUGGCUGCCAAUAAAGAAAGAAAAUCGAGGUUUCAUAAAGUGCAUCCUGACACGAGCGGAAACGAGUAAACAGGAAGGAUUGCGGCAAUUCGUGAAGGACCUUUCCGUGGUAUACGACAGAAGAGUCAUCCUGUGUUGUGCAAUUUUAAUCGAACCGCUAUGGGACAAUUCAGGCUCCUCAAGGAACGAAUAUACGGGAUGUUGAGGAAAAGGUAUCAAGUUCGAAGAUAAAAUUUUUCUUUCGUCACAUGGGUGCAGCGUGAAUCGCGAAUUACAAAAUGCACGAGACAAUGGGGAAGACGUAUUAUCUCGCAUAGGUCUUAUUUAGCACACAAGGAGGACGAAGGGAGGUGAUUUUCAACGCAUCAAACAUUGGCUCAAGUACGUGGGAGAAGAGGAGGAGGCCCCAGUGUAAUCAUCAGCAUGCCGUGUAUCCGGGCAUUCAAUUCGAGGAUUCUCCUCGCCCUCCUUCGGGGAUCUUCUUCAUUGUGCAUACGUCUCCUCUUAGCGCUUUCGCAACGUGAACGGCCAGGACCAGGAUCCAAUCAUUAGGGGAAAAAUGCGCAUCCCAACAAAACGAUCGGAAGUGUAAUCGAUUCUUAGCGGAUAAAGAUUGAUGUUACGACAGUUAAUUGUAGGGUGAUAAUUUUCUCCAUUCAAAUCGCAUGAAGGAUAUUGCGUGAUAAUAAUAGCACGAGAGAUGCAUUUAAUGUUUUCAUCGCUUCCGAAGGAAUUGUGCUUACUGCUAAUUAUUCUGUAAUUAGAGAAAUGAAAGAGAACCUUUGUACUAAGCAUAUUACCAGAGGUCACCGCCUCCUUGGAAUGCGUGAUAUAAUACACUUAAGACUGAUGUCGCCAAGGAAGUCUACAUGUGUUUCUUGACAGGAAGCAAAACCAUAUGACACCUUUGUCGAAGACAGUCCUCGAUGCCAAUAAUGAAUAUCGAUGGAGAAGUUACAUAACGAUCCAGAAAACGCUUUAGAGUGUAUCGGACACAUAAUAGAGGAAUUCCUGUUGGGUUACGUGGAUAGAGCGUAAGAAAUCGAAUGGCAAUCAGUCGUGGUGGAACGAUCGCAAAAAAGUGAAUUGAACGGUGAUCAAGCCUCACGCUCUAUUGUCAGGAAAUGCAUUGGCGUCGCCGCACUAUAGCGGCUAUUAUCGGGUUUUCUUACUGUAUAUCACGCUGUGAAGGGAAGUGGCUUUCCCUGCCCUUGUUUCGAAACUGUCAUAUCCCUUGCUUUAUUGCCUCUUCAAAUGAUGAAAAUCUUUCAUCAUUAUCAGGAUUUGAUUACCCGUUUCCUUUCAUUAAUCUUCAAGAUUAUAAUAGGAGGAAGAUUAAUAUCUUUGUGGUAAUAUUUCAAAUUAUGGGAAUCUGAUAAUUAUCAUCUUGUGUUUCAAAUUAUUAUCCGCAAAAAAUGUAUUAAUGUUACAUGGUUGUACUCAUUGCUAGGAAUAUUUGGAUACAGGUUUAUUUGAAAUAUCAUAAGUGUCUGAUACUUGUGUCCUGAGUGCCGACCGAGUGACUGACCCACGAUUCCUUUGAGAACUUGCAUAACCGAGCCACGUACUACAACCGCCUCUCACUUCGUUUGAUACUGUCCGAUUUUAUUCGGGCUAACAUGUGCCUCGUACACCGAGGUUGAAAUUCGUCCAGCAGGCUGUGACGACGCUUGCAUAGUUUACCAGAAGAAAUUCAGUGCGCCUAUAAUGUUACACUGAUUUAUUUUACUACCGAAUUAGGCUUUGCUAUUGUGUUAUACUAAUGUCUGCGUGCUUAUCCGCUGAUGUGAUUCUAUGAUUUAUAGUACUGUAUUGUUAUACUCCUAAAGCGGUAAACUAGUGAAUCAGAUUUACUAUUACCCUGCUACAGGAUUAUUCUAUUACGUAGAUCUGUAGUAUAGAUUAACUGCUAUGAGUAAUAGCUCUCUGCUCUAUUGUAGUAUCUUAGUAGUUCAGUAGUAUUGUAGGCAUGAUGUAGUAAAUAUUAAUGAUAUAGAAUGAAAGAAUGUAACUUUAGUAGUAUCAUAAAAUGGUACUGAAAUACUAAAGGGUUAUAAUGAAUUAGACAUAUCUCAUAAAGUAUACAAUUGUCUGUGCUUGCAGAAAAGUAGGCUUUCAUUAUAGCAUAUGUAGUAGCCUAACUGUAUAGUAGUGUACAAUAAUUAUGCUAUAAGUGCAGGUUACAUAUACAAAGUGCUGUACCCAUUAGUACUCUAGUCCAUAAACAUUGUAAAAGGCAAAUGAAUUGAGUCAAUGUUUAACAAUUACAGGAGCAUCUACAAGGGAAAGCAUUAAUAAGAGCACAAUUCUACCAGGCAGGAAAAUCCAGCGUUUCGAACGGUUUAUUGAAUUCUGAGCGUAGAAAACGUUCGUCAAACUUUUAGAGCAGAAAAGAAAACUAUUAAAAGCGCUGCGACUGUAACUGGAUGGUAUCGAGUGCCGGUAAUGGAAACACUUUUACAACCGACAUUUUAUCAAUUUCUAAUUACACGCGUAAACGUUGCGAGAACGAAUAAUAAAAUGGAAAAACGUUUCCUUCAUAUUAGCACGGUACUUUCUACUUUUUGAGUCAACUUGACCUUACUGCCCUCUGGUACGUUGGUCUUUCAUUCUCUAAUGAAAAUACGUUAAAAAUAAUAUUCUUGGGAAUUUAACUAACUUUCGAUGUACAACCUCGUAUUUUCUCCUCGCAAUUCGGUGUAUUUAAUUAACAGAAUUUAACAGUGCGUGGACACUUUCACCGCGUCACCCAUAGCUCUUUGCUUUCCAUCGUGCUGGAAUUGGCAAAUUAAUGUCUAUUACGAAGGCUGCACGCGUCUUCCUGAUCGACGAAUGACAGAUAGAAAUCAGAACCGUAUUCGUUAUGAAAGGUCAUUUUUCUGCAUGGCUAUUCCGAUAUCUAUCUAGUCAUUCACACUUCUUUAAUAAUACAGGAAUUCAGUACUAUUGUACAAGUGCUCAGAACAAUCUUUGAGUGUGGAUUAUACUGUACAGAGAAGAGAUUUUUCAGUGAAAGCAAACGGUAGCUAAAGGAUCAAAUCGUAACGUUUGAUCGAUGCAUCGUAUUCAGUCAGCUCCAUGAAAUGAAACUUUGUUGUCCUAUGUACGUGAAACGUGUUCAACUUCUGCAAAUCCGGACAGGUUUGAUUGCGCAAAGAUGUUCGUUGCCAUUGCCGACAUAUUGUGCGCCUUGUGUGGCAGAAUUGCCAUAUUGGACAUUUGGAACUUCUGAGGAUGCGAAAUUUUCAUGUGUGGGAACUUGAGGAUGUGCACAUUUGAAAAUUUAGGAAACUUGAGAGUUUGGAAAUUAGAAACAUAUGCAACUGUAUAAAUUAUUGUUCUAAAGCCGCCCAAGACAAAGAGUGGGACUCGUGUUUGAUGGACAGUAUCAGCUGGAAAAAGCUACUUAUCUGGAAUUGUCUCAGGCAUAUACCGGUUCGCCAAGGGGCCAAUCGAAGGAGAGGCUUUCUCCUGGAUCACGGUCUGUCGGUGUUCCUUCGCACGGAGUCUCCACAACUUCUGGAGGGGAUAUCUAUAUAGUCUGUCCAUUCCGGCUGAGCCCCUUCAAACUGUUCACGAUCCUAAGCCCGUGUACGCGUAUUGCCAGCCCGUGUAUCUAUCGAGAUCAAUCGCGAUUUAACCGGUGCUCUCCACGAGAUCCUCUUUGAGAAGUUACCGGCGAAAGAACAAACAGAGGAGAAAAAAGGUUACCGCGGUAGAGAGAGGCGUGUAAAGGGGCAUGGCUCGAGCGUGGUGCGUUGUGAGAAAGUGCAACAGAGAACAGUAACGCGCGAAACGUAACCGAGUCGUGAGGUUUUUGACCGGAAGUCGGAAAGGAGAGACGCGGGAGUUGCUUGAGCAGUACGCUGGUACAGGAUAUACUCUGCACCAUGAUCGUGCAGAGGUGUCUAUUGGCAGCACCGAUCUGCUUGCUCCUGUCGAUUAAUUUCGUCAGGAUCGAAGCCGAACGAUGGUCAAGACAGGUGUCGAACAGUGAAUGGAUUCCAUUGGCGAACCCCAGGGCCACUCAGACCCAGAUCGAGCAAAGUAGCCCACCUGCACUACUGGCAAGCGGCUCUGCACAAGUGCCGCAACUUCCACAAUUGUCCUUGCCACCUCCUCUUCAACAACAGUACCAAGAACAACUUCUGCAGCUGCAGAAGACGCAAGAGAGCAUACAGAAGCUACUGCUGUUGCAGCAACAGUUGAAGGCCCAACAGCAACUUCUUCAGUCCCAGACAUUCCUGCCCAGCGGAUUCAGCAGCACAGAAGAGGAUAAGCAACUGCAUCACAGUGGAUUAACAAACUCGCCAACGUUGCCCGACGCCGCGUCUGAGGAUUUGGUGCCACCCCUCCCAGCAUCGGAAGCGUUGCCACCGGUGUUUCCGGCGCAGAACUUCUACCAGCAGCGACCUCGACCUCCGGCACUGCCGAAGCAGGACCUUCCUCAAGAAUUUGCGAGCUUGUCCGGCCAAGAAUUCAAAGGUCAACUGUUGCCACAAGGUCAGAACCUUGGGAACAUUGGGCAGAUAGAUGAGAGCCAGAGGCAGGGAGCGAAACACCUAACUGAAAGUUUACCGCCAGCUCAGGAUGAGGAGGAAGAGGUACAGUUGGUUUAUGUGCCGGCAGAGACGCUGGCGCAACGAGGUCAGCCUAAAAGGGGGCGAGGAAGAAAGCAGUUCCCGCAUCGCCAGCAGCACCAGCAACACCAUCAAAACCGCGACAAUCAAGGUGUCGAUACCAGCGCCAUCGUGCCUGAUCAGGACGCCUACACCCGCCAAUUGUUGCAGCAACUACAAAUGGAACGCGAAGAGAAAGAGCGGUUCCUGAAAGAGGAAAGAAUGAAGGAGAUUGCGAGGUUGAAUGAGGAGCAGCGAGAGCUGGAGAGGAAGGCUCGUCUUCAGCAGGAAGCUCUGCAAAGAGAACAAGAGCAGCAGAGACUGCGUGAAGCGGAGAAGAAGAGAAAGGAGCUGGAAGAAAUAGAGAAGCAGAGAGAACUGGAAAGGAUCCGCGAGGCCAGAGAGAAGCAGCGAUUAGAGGAGUUAGAACAAAGGAGAUUAGCCGAGAUUCGAGCGAAGGAGGAGAAAAGAAGAGCUGAAGAGGCGGCUAGACGAAGAGAGGCUGAGGAGGCAGCCAGACAAAGAGAGGCUGAAGAGGCGGCCAGACAAAGAGAGGCUGAGCGAUUAGCCGCCUUGGAGAGACAGAAAGAGCAGGAGCUUCAGAGGGCUCUAAAACAGCAGCAGAUUCUGGAGAAACAACGAGAGGACGAGGCGAGACUUAGUCGUACGAGACUGGAAAAUCAGGAUGGUGUUGCGCAAGCUCUCCCUCUGAUCAAGGAUCAACAGCAACAGCUACAUCGCCAACACCUAACCGAAACGUCAAAACCGGCUAAAAGCAAGAUCAGAGGAAGGCCUCGUCAAAGACCACACCAUCAUGAUCAACAGAACUAUCGGGAAACCACCACUACCACCACCCCCUCCCCUAACCAGCCACCUUUAUCGGUGUACAUGGGUAGCUCCAGCUCGAAGACAGCUAACGUGAAAGUAUCGGACGUGUUGAAGCUCUUAAAAGACGCAAAAACCAUCGCUGUUCUGGACACCGUCGGUCCAGACACUCCACAAGUUUUCGUAGGUCCAACGAAUCUUGACCCACCUUCGGGAUACGCCAAGUUUGAUCUUCCGUAUCUGUCCUCCAUCGAUCACAACCGAGUUGAGAGGAAGGUAGACAAAUUGCCUUUCUUCGUGGCGCCGCUUAGCUUCGAUCCUCCGCCAGGAUACUCCAAGAUCCCCUUCCCAGCGCCUCAUAUCGGCUCCGUCGUCGUAAAUACUUUAGACAACACCGAUCCUAAAGACAGCGAUAACCCUAAUCCGAGUCCAACCCCGUUGAUAGAACCUAACUCUUAUCUGGAUGGCCUGAAUAGCGGCUCUGAUUCCUCCACUCCUCUGUACGAGCCACAGACCACCAUCGGCUACUCCCAGGAUCAGGCGAGUACGCCUAAGUAUGAACAAACGUACUCUUCGGCUCCUCCAACCGGGUACUCGGGAUCUAGGUUCAGAUUUAGGCAGUACUACGGCGACAGCAAGCCAGCCUCCGUGAUCACCACCUCCUAUUACGACGAUCAGAGGCCUACGACGAGGAAACAUAAAUACUUUGACGAUAAUUUAAGAACCACCGAGAAUCCUUUGCAGAAUACCAGAGUGGAGACCUCGGUGAGUCAACGAGAAGAGGUUUCCUACUCCACCACGCAAAGAAUUAAGGAUGAGUCGAUUAUUACCGAGGACCCUGCGACCAAGGCUCAGGAUGUAGCCGCUCAGUUGGCUCUCAUUAAUCAGGAACUUGCUCAGCAAAGGGAGGCUCAGAGAUAUAACACGGCAGGACAAUUUAAUCAGUACAACACUCAAUCUACCACUGGUUUAAGUCACAGCUUCGACGGUGAAAUCGCUUCCGGUGAUAUCAAUGAUGUUAGGAGUCCUGUUGGACCUACACAGUAUAGCUUGCCCGCGGAGCUGCCCGCGAUUUCUCCUCAUCUACCUGGUUUGGUCAAUUCUCUGUUAGACAAGAACGAGGCCAAGCUUCAAACUACCAGUACGACGACUUCCACGACUACCACCACCACGACCACUCAACGUACUCCGACGACUACUUACAGGCCACGCAGUAGACAGAGGAACAGAGUUGUUUCCACGAGACCAAGGACGACAACUCAGACGCCCUCCACGAGGACGAAUGCAGACAGAAGUCGGAGGCCGUACAAUAGGUCCAGGUCUAGAUUCACUACCACGACAGAGGACUAUCGCGAAUCUGCAUACGAAGCUACUAAAUCCAGAAUCCCCGAAACUACAGCUAGAUACAAUGCGGAGCAAAGAAGGCCAAGCAGUAGGACGCAGAAACAUAGGAGUCGAGAUAAAGCGAGUCAACAGGCUGAAGUCUUCCAGAGUCAGAACAUCCAACAACCAUACGAAAACGUUCCGAAUGACGCGGUUUCUCCGACGCCAUCGAGCGCCUUCCUACAACCGACGGGUCCAGACUCCAGCCUUCGUCAGUUGGACGCGUCUCCGAAUCCCCCGGAGAAUUAUCCACCCAGCACCAUCAGCACUACCGAGAACUACCCCUCUUUACCAGCAAGUCACGGAUCGCCAUUAAUUUCCGAGGAUUACUCGAGGAGUCAGAACUAUCCCCAAAAUCUUCCCCAGGAUUCGCGCUAUCGCGGAGGAUACGAUCAGAGCGGAUUAGAGCAAGGUGGUCUCGAGAACGCCCCGGUAAAUGGAUUCAAUUAUCAGACGCAAAACAGGGACACCUACGAGCAGGGUAUCCUUCAGAGACCGAAGGACUAUCAGCUAGACGGCAAAGCAGAGAACACUGACUUCGAGUUGGCCACCACUGCGAAUCCACGACUCAGCGCACAGGAAGAGCAACGUUAUUCCUCGGUUUACGAGGUGAACGUACCACAGACGCAGCCGGAGUUUGGUUUGACCGGACAGAAUUUACAUCGUCUCGAGACCGAGAAGAUUCAACCUGGCGCUGCUGACCCCAACGAUCCAGUAUUUGUCCUGCUGCCGGAGAACAAACAGGAGGAUUACGAGCUCUCUGUUUCCUCCACGGAGACUCCCAUCUCUGAUAUCACGACAGAGACAACCACGACGAGUACGACCCCGGUGAUAAUCCGACAACGCGUCCGAGGACGCGUGGGCUCCCGCGUGCACCACGAGCCCUCGGUUCAGACCCGAAACAGAGGCUCCCAGGACGAAUACGUCCGUUUCAACGUAGUGAACCAAGAAUCAACGCGAACGUCUCCCAGACAGCGAAGCAGAACCAGAUCACGAAACCAGAAUCACGGGUCGCAGGUUCAGACCGACGGCAACGAGUACAUCAAAAUCCACGUGGCUCAACAGAAGCAGGUCGCCACCACGACCCCGCAGCCGACUACGACCACCACUACCACCACCACCACUGAACGUCCACCGGAAGAGGAUGUUGAUUACGGAUUUAUCAGACCGCCGAACUUCCGACCGGUACAUCCGGUGGAUAACAGAUUCCCGGCACCUGUUACGUUCCGGCCUCAGCUUUCAGAGCAUCUUCUGCAGGUGCCGCAGCAAUCACUGUUACCCAACGACGAGACCGCAGUGGAAUCGAGUCCCCCGCAGACCCAGCUGUUAAAAACCCGUCAGAAAUAUCAGCAAGCACCUAAUCGUCGCUUGCCUAUAAAAGCCACGACUCUGCCACCUGCGACCACCACUGAAGCCAUCACCACCACAGAAAGAAUACCUGUUGCCACGGUGCUGCCGGAUGACAGUAUAUACACCGUGAAACCAAAGUCCCGAACCGAUGAGCCUAAGCAAGGCAGAGUAAGAAGCAGAGUUCGACGACCAGGUAGAAAGCGCGUUAGCACGAGCACCACGGAAUCGGUACGAGAAGCGCACAACGAGCUGCCGUUGGAUGAAAAUUAUCCUCGAAUUCGUCCUCAGUCGACGACUACCGAACAGCCACAACAAGCAAAUUUGUACGAUGAUAAUUAUGAUGGUGCUCAGUAUUCUUCGUCGCGCAAUCAGGAUAAUCAACAAUUUUAUGAGACGUCCAGUGAGAAUUAUCCCGCCGAGUUCAUCCUGAAUUUCGGCAACUACCCGUCCCAGCACCGCGACGAGUACGACCAAACGCAGCUGGCCAGCGACGUCCCGCGAAAAUACAGUCAAGAAACUGGAGCGAAGGCGAUCUCCGAAGAUUCUCGUUCGACGACGGCAGACAUUUAUGGUUCGGAGAGUCAGUGGUCCACGAAAUUGACCAGGACCUCGUUCCAGCCGAGUUUCGCAGUGAACCGUGUAGCUGGCGAAGCGAAAAAGGAUCGCGAGUGGUUGCACGAGUCAUCGAAGGACGUUCCCGAUAUAAUCACCGCCGCACCAGAGCCAUCGUCUGUCACGCUGCUGGUUUCUUCGGAGGAUAAGACUAGCGAGGAAGCGCAGGACGAGGAGUCGAUGCUAAUGGGUACCACGAUAUUUGGCAGGAAAACGAACACGCAGGAUCACACGGAGAGAAUGAAUGUUAACGAUACCACAACCGAUGCUCCGAUAAUGCGAGAUAUUAAUGGAAGCGAAGCGGAAACGAAUAGGGAACCGCAGGAGCCCUGGUUGAUAGAUAAGGUGGAAAGUUCCACGGAGAAGCGGGGCGAUAUUGAUUUCGAGAAGAGCCUGAAGAAGAGCGGAGAGACCGGUGUUAUUAAAAAGGGUACACGAAGAAGGAGAGUUCGCGUUCGGGUGAGACCAGCCGUAGACGACUUCGUCACAGCCGAGUCCCAGCACUUCAAUUCCGCUUUCAACGGCUUGUUCAGAGAUCAAUACAAGUACAAUCCCAUCCGUGAGUCCAAGCUUCCAACUUCGUCGAAUUCGCCGGACAAGUUCGAUGUCCAAGACUUCGAGAUAUUGAAGAGCAACGAACCGAAGCCUACGACCACCGAAGUACCGGAAGAAGCGUGGACCAUGGCGCCUGCAGUGACAACUCCCAUGAGUAUCCCGGACGAUGAAGAGACUACAACGGAGGAUCAAGUUACUACGCUACCAACGACGGAAGUACCCGAAGAAACCACGGAGUCCUCCUACGAGGACUUCGUCUCUAGGUUGAGUGAGACCAACGAGACGAAGAAGACAAAGAAAGAUAACUGGAGAGAGAAGAGUGUUAGGGUGACCUUGAACCUCGGGUCAAUCGCAGACGCGAUUAAAGAAAACGAUGUCGACAAACUUAGCGACGAAUCGAACGAGUUGAAGGGCGAAGACAUAAGUUUCUCUGGAACUCGUUCCAAGAAUAACUUCGAGAACGAGGAGAAAGAUGUUUCUUCGGAGGAGUCAAAGGAUGGCGACGAUUAUCCAAAGAACCACCGAGCGAAAUGGAGCGAGGUGAGAUAUCCUUCCUCUUACGAUCAUCCCCAAGCAUCCGGUUGGAGCUACGAGCCAAAAAGUAACAGCAAACCUCCCAGCCCUAUUCCUGGACUGGUGACCAAGGAAGGAGACAGCAGCGUGAAGACGCUCUCCGAUUACGUACAAGCGAUUUUCGACACUAUGAAGAGCGCCGAGGAGGAAACGACGACCGCGAACACUGAGGAAUCCACGACCCUUCAGAUUCCGCUCGAUGAUGAGUUCCAGGAGAGAACAACGACGAUGGACGUAGAGGAUAAAACCACUCGGAUCUCCGUUGACGAGGAAGCGCAGACAAAGAGCGACGAGACAGACAGUAAGGAAAUGACCACGGAGUCUUCGACGAACGCGGAUCUGGAGAAUGUAACGACCUUGGAGAAACUCGCCACGACUCCCCAGAGCGUCAGUUCAUCAUCGGAAUCUUCGACAACGGAUCCUACGCCAGCAAGGACAACCACAUCGCCCAGUAACGCAACGGAGUCCAUCCUCGGAAAGAUCCUGCGGACCUCCACGACCACCAAGGUCUCCCACAUGACGGAAAUCUGUUACAGAGGCCGGUGCGUGAUGACCAGGCCCAGUCGAGAAGUUCGUUUAAGAUGAAGAUCAUCUACGUCUAUUCCUCGUUCAUUUCGAAAACGCGGCUAGCAUGGACGCUGACUGAACGGGCCUCGUUGUUCGCCAUCUUCGUAACCGAGUGAUUAUUUAUUCAACGGAAGCUUUUGAUUCUCUAGUGUCAGGGAUGAAUAUGAACAGAUUAGAGUGAAGUUUUUACUACAAGAGUAUGCUAAAUAUUUGUAUGAGUUUGGAAUGGGAGGGGGAUGUGAGGGGUGAGUUUCUUGGAGAUGUACCAAAUGUUUCAUUGAUACUCGGUGUUUUGUUAUCGCAAUGUUAGCACUUGGACGACGGGUCACUAAGCAUUACUAUAAUUCUUGCCUGGAGUAGGUCAUGCACCCUGUAUUAAUGGCGUCAGUGACCCACGCCAGACACGAUUAAAUAGAAGCUUGGAAAUUUAAAAACUUCUGAACCUGGAAAUUUAAACAUGGUCCAAGUGUUAAUCCUAGGAAGAUAAACGUCGUCCAAGUAUUAAUCCUUUGAAGAUGAAAAAUGAAUCUGAAGAAGUAUCUUCAACGAUGUCUUUAAAGGAUUGUGCAAUAAUCAGAAAUGUAAAAGAACACGUUGAUUGUCAUGAAUAUUAAAAAUCAAUGCAAAUCUUGAAUAGCAAUAAUUUAAAGUAGUUAAUCGAAGAAUGAAUUGUAUAUAUUUUUAAUAUUUCUUAUGAUAUAUCUUGUGGGUCAUAUUCCCAUCGUGUCAGUCAACGUGUUAAAAAGCUAUCGAUUACGGAAAUUAAUAUGCUCGUUGUGCAGGUUGAAGCGAAUCGAUUUAAUAAGAGAUGAUUGACUGCAAAUCGAUCGUGACGUGGCUGUUUAUGAAAACGUUUGCUGAACGUUGUCGUGGCAGCUCGGUUCGAAGCGGAAAACGUAGGCCCGACCCAGGCCGCUUUAAACGAUAGGGGGCUAAGUCUAUUUAACUUAAUUACCUGCUGCUGUACUGUUGGUAUACGUGUAAGUUAAGCGUUUAAGUAUUUUCAAUAAAAACACGAAGAAAGCAAGGUCUCCUUUGACCCUCGAUAGUUCUUUGACGAUAA